AUGGAUUCCCAAGAGAAAGCCAGGAGGACGUCCCAAGGCCGGAAAAAGAUCGAAAUCAAGCAACUAACGAACUCAAGCGCCAAGCAUGUCACGUUCUCGAAGCGCCGGUCCGGCCUCUUCAAGAAAGCGAGCGAGCUCUGCGUGUUGACCGGCGCGGAGAUUGCCAUCAUAACGCAGUCUCCGGGGUCGAAGCUCUUCUGCUUCGGGCACCCGAAUGUGGACACGGUCCUCAACCGCUUCCUCGGCGGAGAUUGUUCCCAUGCAGAAAGCACGGUCGCCACCGCCGCAAACCCUUUGCCGGUGGAGGAGUUUAACAGGCAGCACGAGGAGUCGCUCAGGGAGUUGGUGGCGGAGAAGCGGCGGUUGGCGGCGUUUGAAGAGGCUAAGAAGAUGGGAAACAAUAGGUUCUUGUGGGAGGAGCCGAUGGAUAAUAUGGGUUUGGAGGAGCUUGUGCAGUACUUGGCAGCCAUGAAGGAGAUGAGGACUAAGUUGGCCGCAAAAGCUAAUGAUCAUCAGUUGAGGUAUAUUAAUGCAACCUCCAUGAACAUGAUGAUACAGCCACCGUACAACUAUGGCGUCGACAAUGUUGCUGUGGGGAAUCACCAGUUUGGUAAUCUGAGUUGGAUUGUUGAUGGUACUGGUGGUGAUGUUCAUGUUCGUGGCAGUACUAGCGGUUUUGGGUUUGGAGGACAAGGGCAUUGCAAUUAUUGA